ACUUGUUUAAUCAUGACUUUAGUUUAGGUUUAACUUAGUUUUUUGAAAAAGGACGAGAAAAUCGAAAUUAAACUCUCAAUUUAUUGUUAUUACAUUAAAGAAAAUGAUAACAGGGCGUAAUUUUACCAGUGGAUCCUUAAUUCUAACAUAGAAAACAUCAAACAGCUCAACAAAACGACAAAUCAUCCUAUAAUUUUAACGAAAACCAUUACGUUUUCUGCCCGCGAAAGGAAAAAAAAAAAAAAGUGAAGAAAGAAAGAGAAAGGUCCCCACUGAACAACGAAGAAGCGGCAUGUAACCUGUACUGUAACCUGUUGUAGUAGAUAGAUAGAGAGAGAGAGAGAUAGAAACAGUGAGCUAGAGAGAGAAAGUGAAACGUUAAAACAACAGAUUUAUCAUAGAUGUUCCCAAACUCCUCCUCCUUUUACCCAUCUCUCUCCCUAUUGCACCACCACUAAGGUACAUUUCGAGCUUACUCGAAGAACCCACUAUUGAACAUAGCUAAACCAAGAAUUAACAAUGGAUCCAUGUCCAUUUGUUCGAUUGAUAGUCGAAUCACUUGCUCUUAAACUCCCUUUAGCCACUAAACCAGCCGGUUCCGGUGUUCACCCAUCAGCCACACCAUGCUUUUGCAAAUUACGCAUUAAGAAUUUCCCUUCCCAAACUGCCCUCCUCCCUCUAUGCACCACUCCUGGCGAUUCUCCUGAUACUGCCACCUCAGCUCCUGGCUUUCACCUCGACGCUACAGCUAUUCGUCGUCUUUCUGGUAAGCCAAUUGCGCUUCGCGUUGAGGUUUACACUGGCCGUAUGGGUCACACCUGCGGAGUCAACGGUGGCAAGUUACUUGGUAAAGUUGAGGUUUGCGUUGAUUUGGGUAAUGCUGCUGUGGCCCAUCCAAGAGUGUUUCACAAUGGGUGGUUAAAGCUCGGGAACCAACCUGAUAAACCGGCCGCUAGGCUCCAUCUUGUGGUUCGCUCUGAACCGGACCCUCGGUUCGUUUUUCAGUUUGGUGGUGAACCGGAGUGCAGCCCUGUGGUUUUUCAGAUUCAAGGGAAUAUACGACAGCCCGUUUUUAGUUGCAAGUUUAGUGCGGACCGGAACUCGAGAUCUCGAAGUCUACCGUCAGAUUUCACUCUCCACAACAAUAACAGAGGAUGGAGGAGAACCUUUUCCGGCGAGAAAGAACGGGCAGGAAGAGAAAGAAAAGGAUGGAUGAUAAUGAUACAUGAUCUUUCUGGCUCGCCAGUAGCAGCUGCAUCAAUGAUUACACCAUUUGUUCCAUCUCCAGGCUCAGAUCGCGUCUCUAGAUCAAACCCAGGUGCGUGGUUAAUCCUGAGGCCUAACGGGUUCUCUGUCAGCAACUGGAAACCGUGGGGUCGUCUCGAAGCAUGGCGAGAAAGAGGUCCUCUUGAUGGUCUAGGUUACAAAGUUGAGCUUGUAACAGACAAUGGCGGACCUAGUGGGGGUAUCCCAAUUGCUGAAGGUACAAUGGGUAUGAGAAAAGGAGGUCAAUUUUGCAUCGAUAGUAGAAUAAUGAAGGAUUCAGGAUUAUUGAGUUCAAGAUCGCCCGUAAAAGGUUUCGUGAUGGGUGCUACUGUGGAAGGUGAAGGAAAGGUUAGCAAGCCUGUUGUACAGAUAGGAGUGCAGCAUGUUACAUGCAUGGCUGAUGCGGCCCUGUUUAUAGCCCUUUCAGCUGCUAUCGAUUUGAGCAUGGACGCCUGCCGCCUCUUCUCCCACAAGCUCAGAAAGGAGCUUUGCCAUGAUGAGCAAGACUCCUUCUCUUAAAGCUUAAUCAGUACUUUCUUUUCCUUUCCUGCAGUGAUAAUCAAUUAGCUUCGGUUAGCUCCUUGUAGAGUACUAAAGCUGUUGGUUUGAGCAAAGAGAGACAAUUCUUUUUGCAAUACUCUUUUAUCUUCUUUUAAAAUUUUGCUUAUUCUUUCAUUCCUGAAAUUUUCUUCCACAAGUUAGGAGCGUGGCAACGUCGUUUAGGGCAUGUAGUCGGAAUUCACAAUUCUUUCUGGUUUUGAUUUGGUUUUGUCAAACACCUUAUGGUUUAUGUGUGGCAUAACUGCUAUUGAUUGUAUGUACAAGUUUGCAUAUAUUUAUAUAACCAACAUAUUGAAACUG